UAUACAAGUCAUAUUCCAUUAUAGACAGAAACAAGGAAUAGUAAGCAAUACUAUCUUCUUCCACUUAUUCUUCUUGGAGUCAAUUUUACAUGUGGGCUCGUUGAAAGGUAUAUAUUUUUCAAAUAUGGCAGAAACAAAUGAAAACGGGAAUAUGUUGAUGUCUAGCUUGUCAGUUGAUGGACAUCAGAGAAGUUAUGGAGCCUUGAAAUCAGAUGAUACAAAUAAGGAGAGUCCAAUAAAUCCUCAGAGACAGGUCAUACUCGAAGGAGCUAAAUUACGUCUCAUUUUCGCUCUCUCGCUUUGUACGCUCAUAGUGAUCGCAGAAAUAGUAGGAAGUAUUUUAUCUGGAAGUUUAGCUAUCCUGGCUGAUGCAGGUCACCUUAUCACCGAUAUAGUCACUUACAUCAUUAGUCUAACUUCUAUCUGGCUUGCACAGAAACCUCCAUCCAAAACCUACACCUAUGGCUUGUUACGUGCUGAGGUUGUUGGAGCUCUAUUUUCGAUCAUCCUGUCAAUCUGUCUUGCUAUAGUCCUCUCAUAUUUUGCUACCAUGAGGAUUGUCAAUCGCGACUUCGACAUCGAUGGCGAGGUUAUGCUCAUUAUCAGCGUCGUCAACUUCAUGGGGAAUAUCAUCCAGAUAUUUCAACUCCAAUUCGGGUUUUGCUGUUGUACUAAUCAAUGUGGCGGUGCUGAUGAGAGCUUGCUCCCCAGUGGUCAUGGGCACAGUCAUGGCUCACUACUCGGUGGUUCAGAUGAUAAAAGUGAGGGUGAUAUUACCAAUCAUAUGAAUGUACGAGCUGCAUGUCUUCAUAUAAUUGGAGACUCAAUCUUUGGUUUUGGACUUUUUGUCGGGGCUUUAAUCAUCUUCUUCAAGCCGGAGUAUAAAAUCAUUGACCCGAUCCUCACUAUCAUCUUUGGUAUACUCGUACUUCUCACUCUCUUCAAUCUCUUCAGGGAAAGCAUCCAUAUCCUCAUGGCAGGUAAACCUGGAAGUUUAGAUUAUGAUGAGGUUAAACGAAGAUUGAUUGAAAUAAACGGAGUUGAGGGUGUACACUCGCUUAGAAUAUGGUCUCUGACUUCAGAUGUUCAUCUUAUAUGCGCUCAUCUUGUUUUAUCACGGUUCUAUGACGGGCGACCUGUAGAUGUUCUCGUUGUACUACAAGAAGCUCGUCAAAUCCUUGAGACUCACUUCCGAGUGGUUCAUUCCACUAUUCAAAUAGAAACAGGUGUGGAAGAAGGCGUGCAAUUUGUGUGUGCUAGAACUACUGGAUGAAAACAACAAUCAGCGAAUGUCAAAUAUCCACGAUUUAUUCAGUAAAUUGGGAAUAAAUGUAAAGUAUUUUAUAAUUAAGCAAAAUGUUGAACACAUACAGGAUUAUUAUUAUUAUCAUUAUUAUUAUUAUUAUUAUUAUCAUUAUUAUUAUUAUCAUUAGUAGUAGUAAUAGUAGUAGUAGUAGUAGUAGUAGGAUGAUGAGGAGACUGCGUCCUACAAGCUCCGCUUUUUGGCAGUCUCCUCCAUUCCCAAUCUGUUUAAUGAUAAUUUUUUGUACACAGAAAUUUGCUAUAUGAUUUCUUGUUUUAAUUUGUAUAUCAAAAUGUAACAAACAAAUUAGGAAUGUUGAACAUUGAAAUAAACGAAAUGAAAUGAAGAAAUUUGAAAAAGGAUGAUCCGCAAUAAGAAAACGUUCUUUCAGCAAGGCGCGAAUACAUCCAAUGAGCAUUGUUCAACGACUACCCCAUCUACGGCUGUAGAACUUUUUUGGGUCCAAAUCGGCAAUCCAAAUCAAUUCUGUACUUUAGCCAAAACUAUGCAUUCGAUGAUCAAAAUACACUCUAAAUUCCAAGGACGUAGAAGAAAUCCAUAUCAGCUGCGAAUAUAAAGAUUUAGAUAUAAAGCUAAUAGAUUUGAAUUUGAUUUUUUUUAAUCUAAAAGUUAAUCCAAAGUGAAUCGAAUGUUUGGCCGGUCACUAUUCACAGCCGAUCUGGAUUCAUCUUAAAUCCUUCAAAUUUAGAGUUUUGCCUGGCCUGAAGGUUGAAUAAUUCAUUUUUACAACAUGUUGUAAAAAAUGAAUUAUUCAACCUUCAGUCUAAAAUGGAUCAACAUUAAUAAUAUUAUGCGAUAAUUUCAUUAUGUAUUUGUAAAGAACUUGAUUAUGAUGUGAUAACAAGAAUUACCAAUGACUAUCUGGUUGUACUUUGCAAAUUUUGAUAUCUUGCCCCCCCCCCCCCGAUGGAUUUUUUUUAAUUUUUAUGUAUAUUUACUGUGAAUCACGUUUUUGACAAGUUUACUAUGUAUUAGAGUGCAUUUCGUUAACGGAUCUUCACAUUAAUCUUGUCCAUUCUUAGUUCGUGUCAGGUAGCCUAUAGAUCUGGAUUGAUGGUUAAAUUGAUUUCGUCAACACAUCAUGUCUCA